AUGGCAGAACAAGUUCAACAUUUGCAACACCAAAUUCAGGAACGAGAACAACAAAUCCAUCAGUUGGCAGAGGCAUUAGAAUGGUUAACACAACAACAACAGUCGGCGGAAAAUAGACACAGGAUCAUGAAGGAGAUCCAGUUCAUGAGUUGUUUUACGGGCAGUGGCCCAGUGUCCGUUAAUGCAUUUAUCAAAAACGUAGAGUACUACCUGAACAACAUAACCGACCCAAAUGCAAGGAAAGCAGCAACAAGGGCAAUAUACCAGGAAAAAAUCCAAGGGGAGGCGAAAAAUGCUGUUAUGGGUUUACCUGAACCCGACAACUGGGAUGACAUCAAAAGCAGCCUGAAACUACGGUACCGACCGGAACUGGAACCGGCGGAAAUUUACCGACAAAUUACCAACCUGCGAGGAGAUACGGUAAGCGAUCUUGCUAUCGAUAUACUAAAUUUAAAAUAUAAGGCUGAGGAAAUUAUAUUGUAUUAUGAGAAUGAUAUGAAUGUAGACCUAAAUAGCGCUGAAUCCCUAUUGGUAAAUGUUGUCAAAGAAAUGACACAGGGUGUAUUGUUAGAGAAAAUUUAUAGUCUAAAAAGUGUAAAUGAAAUUGUAAAAAUCAUGAGAGAGAGACGUUUCGAAGAUAGUUGUAUCAGACCAGAAUUCCGGAAAACUGACGUGUCUAGCUAUAAUAACCAUUUCAAUAAUAAAAAGCACAAAAAUAAAUUUCGAAAAAAUUGGAGUCAAAAUAAUUCUCAGGAUAAUCCAAAGUAUCAAGGAAAUCCUAGCCAAGACAUCCGACAAAACGACCAAAACACUGAUAACAGACAAUACAAUAACAGGGAGGAAUACAAUGUUAGUAAUUCUAACUCACAAAAUACGAACGAAACCCGUAAUCACAACCCUUCCAGAAAAUUUAAAGCCAAUUAUAGACAGGGUAAUUCACGUCAAUAUUCGAAUACUCGAAAGCAUCAGCAAGUAGAGCCCAUGGAGGUGGACAAUAUCCAAAACACCUCAUUGCGAAAGCCCUCUAGUAACUCACGGCAACCUUCCGAACUUGAUAAUAACUCGAACGAAGGAGGCCAAUUUUUUAUCAAUUAG